AUAAGUUAUUGCUUUUGCUAAAGAAAGAGAGUGGGCAUCACACUACAAGUACGGUUGGGUCAUGGGCCGAGGCCGAGCACCGUGCUGCGAGAAGGUCGGGCUAAACAAGGGAUCGUGGACGCAGGACGAGGACGCGAGGCUCAUCGCCUAUAUUCAGAAACACGGUCAUGGAAAUUGGCGCGCUUUGCCAAAGAAAGCCGGCUUGCUGCGAUGCGGGAAGAGCUGUCGUUUGAGGUGGAUCAAUUACCUUCGGCCCGAUAUCAAGCGCGGAAACUUCACCAAAGAAGAAGAGGAAAAACUAAUAAAGCUACAUGAUUUGCUCGGAAACAGAUGGUCGAAAAUUGCUUCUUUUUUACCGGGGAGAACCGAUAACGAGAUCAAGAACAUAUGGAACACGCACAUAAAGAAGAAGAUUGCAUCGAAAGAGGCAUCGAUCUUGUCCUCCUCGUCUACACCUCGUUCUCGUGGCCUACAAAGUGAGGCCAAUCGAGAGAGCGAGAGCGAGCAUGCGGACCGAAGCUUAGACACUUCGUCCUACUCGUUCGACAAGCUCGACGCGCGCGUCGAGCCCAGCAUCAACAUGUCGGACAUGUCUCGUUCCUCUUCGUCGAGUUCUUUGGCCACGAACAACCACACAGGAAGAGAAGAGGAGGCGGACGCGACGGAGGGGAAUUCCUUGGCGAUACCCGACGUACUAAUCGAUCCCGAGCUGAUUUGGAGCAUCAUGGAGGACUACGACACAAAAAUGCAGAGCGCGCAAGUAGGAGCGGAGGGUAAAAGAUUCGGGAAAGAAGGCGAGAGGAGCAGAGAGUGGUUGGAGGACAUAGAGAGGGAGCUUAUGUGCGACGGCCCUUCGUGUGAAACGGAGGGAGAUCCAAUAAGCAGUUAUUUUCAGAUGGAGCCAUCAUCUCCUUCCCCUUUGAAUCUACAUGAAGUUGACAUGAUGCCUUGAUUCAAUGUAAUCAAAUGAGAAGUAGGUUUAGAUGACACACAAGGGCCUUUUCUUGAGAGGGUCUCUUCUUAAUUGUAAAACUUAUUAUUGGAGGGUGCUGGGGCACCACCUCCUAAACUCUAAACCAAGGAGUCAACCUUAUUGGUGAUUUAAUUAAGUGUAAUGUAAUAUAUUAUUAUUAUUAUUAUAGC